AAUGCAGGAGAAACUCAGAAAGAAACUCCGAGGCAGCAGAACUACUGAAGUAGACAAAAUAAUUCUGGAUAAACAGAAACUAAGAACCAUGAACCACACGGCGCAUACAGGAAAGGUAAAUAAGAACAAAUCUCAUCUAUAUGUUAUUUACAAUAGAACACAAAAAUGUCUCAGGAGAGCUGGGGACAAGAAACUAGGACACCAAAGGAAACAUGAGCAAACUAAAAAAAACAUCAAUGAAAAAUGGUCAGACUGGGUUGUUGACUCAUACAUUCAGAACAUGUCAUGGUUUUAGUCUAUUAAGUAUUUAGUGCAACAUUUAGAAACAUUGCAAAAGAAACAACUGUAUAAAUUAGCAUAAUUUCUGUCACAUUACAGUAAAAAUUGGACCGCAUCCUCUUUACAGUAAGGACAAAUCUGUGCUUGUCCACUAACUGCACUCAGCUUUUAUCCGCAGAUAGUUGUGGUGAUCAGCUGGUCAGAAGUUUACCGUGCACGUUCAUUGGACAGGGUCGCAGUAAUUUUCUCUAACCAGUGUUUUCCAUCGUGUGGCUGCAGUAUUCAGUAUUAUCCACUAAACAACUAAAUCUCACAUCUAAAAGCUGUUUCUGAAAUGGAGCUGCAAGUCUUACUGUGGUUGCACCCUCCAGAUGGCAGGCUGUGUCCUGACAUCUACUUCUCCCCCUGGUGUCGUUUAAUGUUUGUAUCCAGGAGUGCUACUGGGGAGUCGUGGCAGGAGAUCAUGUUGUCUUGUCUGGGAGGACAGAAGUGUGAAACGGACCCAUUGCUCCAAUCAGAGUCGACAGACCCGGAAGGGGGCUGUGGUUCCGACUUUGCCUAUUUCUACUUUGUUUCAUUCAUCUUUUUUAGCUCCUUCCUGAUGCUGAAUCUGUUUGUGGCUGUAAUCAUGGAUAAUUUUGAAUAUCUCACCCGAGACUCGUCCAUCCUGGGUCCCCACCACCUAGAUGAGUUUGUUCGAAUCUGGGGGGA